CCAUGUUCGUCGUUGCGUCGUGUGGUAGGUAGAAAAAGUGGAGCAGUUUCAAAGAGUUUGCGUGUUUAUUUGUAUCAUUUUCGACGACAAUCACUUUCAAAACGACCAUCAACUCCCACUAGGCGAUCGCCCAUCGCCCUACGAGAUGAAUCUAUCAUGAGGUUGCGAAGCGUGUGGUCUUACCCACAAUGUAGUUGUACAACUACGAGCUGGAAGUAGUAGAUCUAGCGCGACAAGAACAUCUUCAGGCCGCUCCGGCGCAGCGGAGCUAGCCGCGACAGCGGGUUGGAACAGGCGGCAUUCCUUCGCCGAUUGACAUUGAUAAAAUCGUCAUGGUCGACUCGCAGGAUCGGGUCUUGCUCAAGGUCUCGGUCGAGCUGGCCGAGGGGGUGACAGAGCUGCUCUACGUCAAGCAAGCUGAUUUAAACGCAAAGGACGGCAUACGAAAGUUGGCGGAGGAGUAUCCUUUGUCGCUUUUAUUUGCAUAGCAUGAUUCUAUGAGUAUGAUCGCGCUGUUGAAUAAUAAUCAACCACGGUGCUCACUGCUCCGUCUUCGAGGAGAAGAUAAACGCGAGAUACAAAAUCAAAAAAGGUUUUGUCGCGCCCAGAAUCUGGACCUCACCCGCGUCCGUGCACCGUUGGAGGCACACAUACGCGAAAAUGAAGCUCCAGGCUGGGCCUGCAAAUUACAAGUGGGGCAGCCGCUCACAGUUAGGGGCCCGAGGCCGGUGCAGGAACUCACUGGCAGCCAGGCUCGAGGCGGUGCAGCGCUUUGGCUGCUUUGGGAGUUCUGCGCCCUUCUCAGGUGAGCCGGCUCCGCGGCUGCGCCGGGCGUGGCAUGCGCUUCGUCGCCGGGUGAAGUUUAUAUAUAUGCGGCGGCGCUGCUUUUGUUCUCUCUUGGCAGGCGCUAGGCCGGGGCCCUGCGUGAUGGCAUAGCGAAUGUUUAUCGCGGUCCGUGCCUGCGCCGACUAUGAGAGAGACGCCGCAGCUGCCGCGGCCGCGCAGCAAGGUGCCUCGCCGUCUUCACGUUGAAGCGUGGGCGCGAAAGUCGCGCCGCGUUCUUUCUCUUCACCAAGCUGCGUCGUGCCAUCGGUGCAAAUUCAGAACCGACGGCAUGGCCUCCGUUGCUUGUUGCUAGUACGUAUCGGAGCCGUUUCUCCGCCGGCGCCCGUGUAUUUGCUGCCCUUGGCGGCACGCAAAAGCCGGCCGUCAUCGGAUUUAAGUGAGCCGGGCCCCCCGGCCCGUCGAUGCCGCGACGCCUUCGCGGCAGGCGGGCAAGGUCGGGGCACAGAGCUGGGCUCGCACCAGGCGGGGGAUGACAGUCCAAACAAACCUGCUCUACGUUAUGGCCCCGACCCUCUUCAAGCCAGCGUCGCGCUCCGGCCGAGGCAAGAGCGCUCGACGACCAAAACGCGUGGGCGCUCGUGGCCAGACGGGAAGAGUGGUUUCAUGCGUCCAGCAACCAUGGAAACUAAGCACCUGGGGCCCCCAAAGCGCCCGGCCAUUGUCGGCCUUUCCCAUCUUCAGCACUGCUCGCAUAAUGUGCGCAGUGAACACUGCCACACUCUGCGAAAAGCUGCGCCAUUUUUUCGGUCCGUUAAAAAAAAACCCCGUUCCGCGAGGGUGUUCUGCGAUUUUUCUUUGGUAGGUGAUCACUGUCGGCGAUCACCGUUUUUCCUUCUAUACUUUGUUUCUUUGCAGAGCAUGAAGAUGCUAUGAUCGCACUGUGGAAUGAAAAGAAACCACGUGGCUCCGUCUUCGAGGAGAAAAUAAACGCGGGAUACGAAAAUCAAAAUAGGUUCUGCCGCGCCCAGAAUCUGGACCUCACCCGCGUCCGUGCACCGUUGGAGGCGCACAUACGCGAAAAUGUCGCCGCUGCACAGUUGGAAGAAAAACAGCAGCGGGCAUCGUAUGAGGAGAAAAACUUGCAAUAUAAUUUUAGAAGAUUAUCGGACUGUCGUUGCCAGCAAAAGUACUAAGAAUUUUUUUUGGGUUUCUGACCCAAAUCUUUUGUAGCCUUCACGCAAAAUUGAAUGUUUUCUGUAUGAGCAUGACUUUUCUGUAGCGAGAAGUUGAUCUUAGCAUGCGGAUUGGCGACAAAUCUGUGCAGAAAAGAUCCUUCUUUUUGUUAGAGUUUUCUUCUUAAAUUCAUAAUGCGUCGAGCUCCGGCGGAGCGGGGAACAGAAGGUCGGUUGAAAAUAGCAUGCAGUACCAGCCUCUGGCGGGCGGCCUGGAGCGAAUACUGGACCGGAUCUCGGUCGGAGAGACGAAAAGGGUAUAGGUAUUUUUUGCCGGGGGAUUAUACUAGUUGCGGGUUACCGCAGCAGUACAACUAGGGAAUCAUUCAAGAUUCCUUUUUUAUCUUGCAUUCAAAACCGAAACCGUUUUUCAGGCAACCUCCUCCACUAAUCCAUCGUUCCUGGACCAGCCACCUAAAUCAGCGCGCAGAAGCACCACAGGAAAUUACAAUACGAACCAGUACGUCGAUUCCGACCCCGAUCCGGGCGGCGGGGGCGACAGUACUAACAAUGUUGCAACCUCCGCUUCUAUGCAAGAAAAAAACUGUGUAAGCGUAAGUUUGUGAUGCAGAAAAUGCAAAGCCGCUACAUUUGUCAUGCAGGAAGUGGGUCAUAGCCACACUUCACGCGUGUUUUUACGUACUAGCUGCGCAUAAUGUAAUGCGAAACGAAUUUGUGAUGCUGCUCAUCCUACACAGCUACACCUACACAAAAUUUUUGUUGGAUAGCUUCCUCGCGGCAAAAGAUGCAGCAGCAGAUCCUGCAAAAGCUGAAGUCCGGGCGGUCCCGGUCCCACGUCUUCCGGAGACUGCACCAAGACGGCGCGGAGCGGGCGCUGCGGAUUGACAUUCAACGGAAAAACGAGCAACGCGCGCGGGAAGACCGGGCGAAGAGUCCGCGGGAGAGAAAAAAGAAAAUGAAUGGCGAGUUCGCUGGGGGAACAGGAGGGGGAGCAACAACGUCUUCUAAUCUCUUCCACUCCGUUGUGCGUCAAAGCGAUAGAAGUAUCCAUCCACUCGAAAAGCUGUACCGCGACGCGCAGGACAAGCGCGCCCGACUGGAGCGGCGGGCACAGCAGAAGGAAGAGCUGCUGAAUCUCGAAUUGGCCCAGUACCCCUUCAAGCCACAGAUUCACGCCUCGCAGAAAACGGUUGCCGGGUUGGAGAGCGGGGGGAAGGUGUCACUGAAAACGCGGGAAAAGAUCGAGCAAUUGCGGCAACAGAAAAUGCUAAAGGAGCUGCAGGAUUGCACUUUCAAGCCCGAGAUUGACGAGAGAAGCGCGUAUUUUUAGGUUUUUUUUUCGAACUACUGCUUGUGAAGAAUCUUGAUGAUUAGUACUCAUGCGAAGACUGAAUUGUUACUGUGCCCCUUAAUUGUCAAUCAUGCAACUCACCCAGCAGCACCACUCUGCAGGUUGAUGAUGAAGAGGCGAAUAGAGCGGCUGAAAAUUACGGGGUCACUUAUCCACCGCAAAUCAAAAUUAUCGUACUUCUGAUGAACCACGUAGACAUUGUUUGCAGACGCAGAUCUGCAUGACAAAGAACCUCUCUGUGAUGCAGUGACGCUUGUCAAUAUCAUCCACGAAGGCGAUAUAAUUUUUUUUGCUUUCCAUACUCGUCCAUGACCAUCUGUACGAGGACGCCAAGCGACGGGAAGAGCGCAUGUACGAAUACGCAAACCUCGUUUCGCCUGAGGUCACCUUCAAACCCGAUAUCGGGACGGUAUAACAGUGGAUACAAGUCGUUUAGCAUGCACGAUGAUCUAAGUACAUUGGUGCGUUGCUUUUGCUGUAUCGUAUGCGGUGUUGAAUUCUGCAUCACAAAAAAUAUCUCAUGCCUAGGGACAAUGAUUAUUCUUGAUAAAGUCCACAAAGAAGAACACGAUAUAAAAACCCAGCAGCUCAUAUAUUAAUUCUCCCACCACAGCACAAGGAUCGGCCCCCGCCAGACGCGAAUGUCGCGGACUUUUUCGAUCGCAUGAUGAAGCAGAAGUCUAGCGGACAGCUACAAACGCGUGAAUACGCGCACCAGAAGCUCGGAAUCAAGAUCAAACAGGACCCCAUGGAAAAUUGUUCGUUCCAGCCCCAGGUCGGCCGGCCACCCCACUUCCCGCGGAACGAGGACAAAAAACCGAUUGGCCACUUCCUGUACGAAGUCGGGCAGUACGUCCGGAACUUAAAAGAGGAAAUCGUCGAAGCGAAGCUGCAGGAGGAAGAAAGAAAACGCGUGCCCGUGAUGAGCGAGGUGUCGAAGCUAGUGUAUGAAGAGAAGAAAAAGAAAAAGUUCAAGGUAUAAAAAUAGCACGCAUGCUUUGAUGAGAAACUGUUGUCAUACAUUCACACGUCGAAGAAUUUCAGUUUGUCUUGCGCCGAGCAGCACUUCCUAAACAACGAAAUCUAAAAGUAAAACGAACUAUCAGGAAAUCUUCGAGAAACUCUCCGACGGGAAUUCGGAAAUUAGUCAGGAAGUCUUCCACCUGGAUAUCGUAAGGAAAUAUCCCCCCUCCCCAUAUUGAAAACACAUUCGUCUGAAAAUUUGUGAUGCAGAUUUGAGGUCACAAAUCCUGUCUGUCUUGCAAGAAGGAAAAGCCAGAGAGUCCGCCGCAUUAUGCCGGCGGUUUGUGAUGCUGUUGGGCUUACAGAGCCGACAUCUGUCAUGCUAGUCCCCUACGUCAAAACCUCUCGACCCAGGCUUGGCAUAUGCCUGCAGUCCCCUCCAGCAAGACAGACUUGAUUUGUCUACGCAAAUCCAGCAUCAGAAACUUCGUUUCGAUAUGGGGAGGGGGGGUUUUUCCUUUUGAUACUGGACCAGAUACCCCUCGAGUUUCACGAGUUCCUUCGGCCCAUACUGGCGUACUUGGAGGAGACGAAUGGAAAGUUUGAUUUCCAUGGCUUCAGCAUCACGAUGGAUUAUGUUUUGGAAAAGACCGGCGUGCCCUGCUCGCAUUUGUUUUCCGCCGUGGAAAAAAGAGAAAAGGAGGAACUGCUCGGAAACACAGCGGCUUACGGGUCGGUGAUGUCGCAAAAGUAUUGGGAGGAAUUUGAAAGAUAUUAUCUUGUCAUGCAGGAGAGCCAGCAUGGAAAUGGAUGUUUUCUGUUGUAGUGAUGCUAUGCAACUUCAGAAGUAUAAAAUCUAAAUCAUGAACUAUCAGAGCGACUCCUCGUGGCCCCUACGACCCGACGGCUGCGCACACCUACACGCCCAGAAUAAAUCCCAACUCCACGAAGAUUUUGGAAGAGAAAGGCCGCUUACAGUCCAACGUGCCGGUGCACGAAAGGUUGUGGAGCACGCAUGAGAAAUACCAGCAGCGGACGGAGUUGCGAAGACAGCAGUUGUAUGCAUUGCAAAUAUGUCUGGGUCUGGAAGAGUUGGAACUUGUCAUGCGGAUUCUGGAGUAGGUAUGAAGUUUAUGUUGUAUGAGCACCAAAAGCUUUCCAUUUCUUGCUACGCAAAUAGGGAGUUUCUCAUGCGGGAUAGGCAUCAGGAGGCCAGCGCAAAACCUGUAAUGCUUUUCGUUCGUCAGAGAGCAUUUGUGUGAUCGAGAGGAUGCAUGGCAAACAUCUGCACUCAUCCAGACCCAGACAUAUCUGCACUUGAUAAGUUGGCGGAACAGGAAAUGUUGGAAUGUACCUUCACGCCGAAUCGGUUGAAUCAGGGUACAAACUACUUUUGAGCUGUUGUCCUUGAGUUUUGAAUGACAGAUCUUUUUCGCAUUUGGUUUUCGCAUGAGAAAUUCCGUGCAACAAGUUCAGUUGCGCAUUUCCGUUUUGCAUUACAAAGCGACGAAAGCUGCAUCCCAGGUGCCAAGCAGACCCCCCGCGGCGGCCCAGUAGCGGUAGCCGGGGCAGCUAAAAAUACAACUAUCCCGGCAAGUACAACGAAAUUCGCUCCUGCCUCCCGUACAGCCGCGCCGAAGGGUGCCACGGCACGAAGAUUGUCGGAUAACGCGGAAGUCGACGCCGCACUGGAGGGUGCGGAAACGGCCGUGAAAAACGCAACAGCAGCGGUGGAGCGGGUCAAGAAGACGUCGAGCUGAAGAACAGGUGUCAGCGGAAUUCUGAAAACCGAUGCAGGGGGCGAGAAAAGUGACGGCGCUUCAGCUACUAGUGUAUCCUAACGAUUCAUCACAUGCAACAGACUACCGUAGUUAUCCAUCGCGAGCACGCAAAAUUAGGUUUUAUCGCAAGAAGGCGAAUUCAGAAAGAGUAGGUUUAUCGCAUUUAUGUCAAAGAGAUUGACGAGACCAAACCAGUUGGCUCCACUUAAAGUUAAAACAAUUACAGCCCAAGAGGCAUAGUUUUCAAGAGGAAUCUUCAUCGCGCGGUAGGCUCAACAGUCGCUUUACAGAUUAGAAUGCAGAGAAUAGUUGUGCCGAAAAGGUAUUAAACUAGUAAACUGGGAUGAUUUUUUGUCAGCAAUCCCAGCUAAUGUACACUUCACAUGAGCGCUUGUGAUUUACAAUUGGUGAUAGAGCAGGAACUUUACUUGAAAUUGAAAUGCACCUUGUAUCAAAACGAAAACGCGUGGACUUCUGCGUCAACAGUACUGCAAGCAGAGCAUCGACCCGUUUUGCCGUCUUUUGAACAAACGAAACGAACCCGAUGAACAACCCCCCUUUGAAAGGUUUUAUUUGUUUCCGCGAAGCUACAUCAACACUGGGCGUACAUACAGGCGUCGCUUUCCGUACAAGCGUUGCUAACUUAGUAGUAGAGCAGCCCGUAGAGCGUCGAUUUGCGCCUCUGCGUGUCAUGACAGAAUAAAACACGUGAUCUGCUUCCGUGUUCUGCUUGUAUUUAGCUAGUCGGUCGGACUGAAGACAGCGACUUUGAAGAUGGCCUGUGCAGCUUUAGC